AUGUCUCAAUCAUGUUCGAUCGAGAAAUGCACUCGGACAUCACGUGGACUGUGUGAUUGUUGCCAGCAAAAUCUUUGUUUACAACAUUUAAAUGAACAUAAUGCUUUACUUAUUUCUCAACUGGAUCCUUUAACUGAUGAAAUUAAUGUACUUGGAUAUUGUCUCGAAACACUAAAUAUUCAAAAAACUAUUGACAGUAGCCGUGAAAAACUUGAACAAUGGCGUCAAGAGUGUUAUAAGAAGAUUGAUUGUUUUUUUGAACAAAAAUGUCAAGAACUUGAUCAACUUGUUAAUGAAAUAGUUGAUCAACAACGAACAGUGCUCAAUCGAACACAUUUGAAGAUAACUGAACUCAUCCACAUACAAGAAACAACUCGUCAACAUAUCGAUUUAUUGACAUCAAGUAUUCGUCAACUUGAAAGAAAUAUAAACAAUAUCGAACAAAAAGGUUUAACAAUCACCACUCGUCCAUUAUUAAUAGAUGACACGCUCGUUUCGAUUGAAAGAACGACUGAUCAUGAACUUGAUAUAUCAACUCUUUCGUCUGUCUACAAAACAAUUGAUCGCUCUGAUGGAAGUUUUCGAUUAUUAACUGCGAAUGAUCGAUACUUAUUAAUACAUCAGUAUCCAAAUUUACGCUUAUUUGAUAGAGAAAUGAACAUCGUCAAACAAACAAAAUGGUCUUACGGGGAAAUUCAAGACAUGUGUUGGUCAUCAACAUUAGGUCGAUUCAUUGUGCUUGAAGAAAAUGACAUCUUUCUCAUUGACGAAAAUACAAUGUCAAUUGAUAAUGUGCAGAGAAUUGGAGAACGAGACUUAAUAUCUUGUACAUGUUCUGAUGCAAUUCUCUUUAUAUGUACAUCUUCACUUUCUACAACAAUUUAUUGUAGUAUAGAUAUUGGUUCAAUUUUCAUUGUUUCAUUCCGAACAUUAACAACAGAACCACCAAUGAGCGGUGAAUCAGACGAUUCAACAGCUAUGGUAGCACAAACAUUUGUUCAAAUGGCUUAUUUAUUACUUGAGCAACAAAUGAAGGAAAGUGCGGUUAUUUGUUUUAUUUCGUGUUCUUCAUGGGAAAAGUAA